AUGACAGUGAUGGUGAAUUCAAUGGAUAAAAGCUACACUGAGCAAGGCACCAACUGUGAUGAAGCUUUCUCUUUUAUGGACACGCACAAUCUAAAUGGCAGAUCUGUGUCGUCACCAUCUUCAUUCACAAUGAAAACAAACACUCUAAGUACAACCGUGCCCAACUCAUACUACCCAGAUGAAAACCACACGAACAGCGAGACAAGCAGCUUAGCCCAGUCCCAUACAUACAAGAAACGGGAGGCAGCUGAUGUUCCCUACCAGACAGGCCAGCUUCACCCAGCCAUCCGGGUAGCUGACUUGCUGCAGCACAUCACACAGAUGAAAUGUGCUGAAGGCUACGGAUUCAAAGAAGAGUAUGAA